AGUUUUUCUGCACACUCAAAAAGUGACUUAAAGACAUGGGGAGGACACCAUGCUGUGAUAAGACCAAAGUGAAAAGGGGACAGUGGUCUCCAGAGGAAGAUGAAAUUCUCAAGAAUUAUAUGCUUAAACAUGGCACUGCUGGCAGUUGGAUUACUCUUCCACAUAAAGCUGGGCUAAAUCGGUGCAGCAAGAGUUGCAGAUUAAGAUGGCUGAAUUAUCUGAGACCAGACAUCAAACUUGGAAAUUUUACACAGGAGGAAGACAACAUUAUCCAUUCUCUCUACUCUCAACUUGGAAGCAGAUGGUCUGUUAUAGCAUCUAAACUUUCAACGAGAACAGACAAUGAUGUGAAGAAUCAUUGGAAUAGCAAGUUGAAGAAGAAGUUUUUAGCAAUAAAAGCCAACUCCGACAAUGAUAGCAAGCAAGUUUUCAAUUCUUCAAAACAAGAAGUCUAUUCUCCAAUGAAAUUUCCAUUUCAGUUUUCAAGUUGGGACUCUACUGAUAAUAAUAGCAAAAACAUGAUUCAAAAUGACAAAAUGUAUCCAAGAUUCAUUGAGGACCAAUCCACAGAAGGAGGAUCAAUGCCAUCCUCUUCACUUGAUGAUGUUGGGUGGUUUGAAAGCUACUUCCCAAUGAAUUCCAACACUGAUGAAAUUAUGGGUAGCAAUGACAUAAUUGAUUUUCCACCUACUUUCACCUGAUAUGCUUGCAGAUUCAUAUUAUUUCAUUGAGAUGUAUGAUUAAACAACAGAAAUUAUGUAAAAGAUACAAGGCAAAUGUAAUCUCUCAUUCCUUUAGCAUUUAGAUGAUUUAUUAGUGAAAUUAUGACAUCAACUAGAAAAGAAACAUGAGAAGUAUACAAGCAUUAAAGAAAAGGGGGUGUUUUAUAUAUUAAAGUAAUUUAAUUUCA